GUUUAGAAACCCCACCCUCUGUACUGACUGUGAGCAGACGUAGAAGUGGUUCGAGGUCCGGACGAGUGAGCACCGACCGAGGAUGAGGAGUAUUCCAAUAAGUUAAGAUGGAGUUGUUGCGCUGUUUGGAUACCGACUGUAACCGCGAGACCACCGAGCUGGACGAGGCCACGCGCUGAACUCCAAUUAGGGAACUAACGGGAUUUGUUUUUUUACUGCGUGUUUCUUUCUGGAAAGCGAAGCAGGUUAGAGGUCUUCCUGUUCCAGAGUCGGCUGUUCCUGCGUGUUUUACGUCGCGAUAAAGCCCCGCUCAUUGCGCGCUUGUCAGUAUGGGCACUCUCGCUCAGAGGGAUGCGGGAUUUCCUGCGGGAGCGCCGCACAGUUGCGGUCAGACGUGGUUGUUGGAGUUCUCUGUUUGCUAAUGCGGACAGGUUUUCCCUGGAACUUGUCGUAAAACACUGGUUGGCUGGACUGAAUGCUCCUUUUCCUGCUAUUCUUCUCCGCUUCGCAGCGCUUCCUGCUUUGUGGUGGCCACUGCACUUAAUGGCUAAAAAUACAUAAAAACUCCAAAUGGACAGCUGAACGUAGUUGGAACCGGCAUUUGGAAUACUCUAAAGUAUUUUACCACAAACUCUGGAUAGUUUUAUUUCUCUCUCUCCACACUUUAGCCAUCCAAAGCACAAGCUCAACAGGUGGCACUUUUGAAUGAGUGAAGAGGAGAGCUAAUUUACCCAUAAUGAGGCCAUUCAACAGCCUUUUUAAAUACAGGCCGGUGGAGUGACAACCAUGUUGGGGAAACCACACAUCAGUGGAGACGGUGCUGCCUUUCUGAGCUCUGAAACGCUCGUUGCCUUCGCACAUAACUGACCUCUCAACUGAUCCUGUUUUCAAGAGGGGAGCUUUGCAUGUAAUGUCAAGACGAAUGAGAGACACUCACCGUUCAGCCAUUUUUGAAUCCUCUUCUGUAGCCCGCUUGUUGGUCAAGCUCUCGAACACAUUUCGCUGGUCCCUGAUGAACCAACAAGAAAGACAGGAAAGGGAGCGAGUCGCAGUAAAGUACUCCUUUGUACUUUAUUUUCAAACCCUUGGGGUGCAAAAUCAGAUCCGGUCUAGACUUCUGCUGGAGGCUCCAUGGAGCCACUGAAGAACAUAUUCAGUCGCGGCCCCCUGUCCAACUGGAAGAAUUUGGAUCAAUCGCAAAAAGGGAACUUCACCAACCCGGUGUGGACGGCCUUAUUCGACUAUGAGGCGUCCUGCAAAGAUGAGCUCACCUUGCGUAAAGGUGACCUGGUGGAAGUCCUGUCUCUGGACUCUGAGAUAUCAGGAGACGAGGGCUGGUGGGCGGGGAAGGUCAACAACCAGGUGGGCAUCUUCCCGUCCAACUACGGCUCCUUCAAGCCGGGCAGCGCCGUGGUCAGCGAGCUCAGCCCGGCCGUGGUCAGCCAGUUCGAACCCGACGUGCUGGACUUCCGGGAGCUGAGCCUGGAGGAGGUCAUCGGGGUCGGGGGCUUCGGAAAGGUGUAUCGCGGUACAUGGAGGGGCGGGCUGGUGGCCGUGAAGGCCGCCCGCCAAGACCCGGAUGAGGACAUCAGCGUGACGGCGCAGAAUGUCAGACAGGAGGCCCGUUUGUUCGCCAUGCUCACGCACCCCAACAUCAUCUCCCUGAAGGGCGUCUGCCUGCAGGAGCCCAACCUGUGCCUCAUCAUGGAGUACGCCUCGGGCGGGCCGCUGAGCCGGGCACUGGCGGGGCGCCGCAUCCCGCCGCACGUCCUGGUCAACUGGGCCGUGCAGAUAGCCAGAGGGAUGCUGUACCUGCACAGCGAGGCCAUCGUCCCCGUCAUCCAUCGGGAUCUCAAGUCCAACAACAUCCUUCUGGCUCAGCCCAUAGAGAAUGAAUGUAUGGAGGGUCUGACGUUGAAGAUCACAGACUUCGGCCUGGCGAGGGAGUGGCACAAGACCACCAAGAUGAGCACCGCCGGCACCUACGCCUGGAUGGCCCCCGAGGUCAUCAAGUCCUCCACCUUCUCCAAGGGCAGCGACGUCUGGAGCUAUGGUGUUCUGUUGUGGGAGCUGCUAACAGGAGAGGUCCCCUACAAAGGGAUUGACGGACUCGCUGUCGCCUACGGAGUCGCCGUCAACAAGCUCACCCUGCCCAUCCCCUCCACGUGCCCCGAACCCUUCGCCCUGCUGAUGUCAGAGUGCUGGGACCAGGACCCCCACCGCAGACCCGAUUUCAACUCCAUCCUGUCCCAGCUGAUGGCCCUGGAGCAGCAGGUGAAGGAAGAGAUGCCGCAGGAGUCCUUCCACUCCCUGCAGCAGGACUGGAAACUGGAGAUCCAGGACAUGUUCGAUGAACUCCGGGCUAAAGAGAAGGAGCUGCGAUGCCGCGAGGAGGAGCUGAAGCGAGCGGCCCUGGAGCAGAAGUCCCACGAAGAGUUCCUGCAGCAGCGCGAGCAGCAGCUGGCCCAGUGGGAGCAGGACGUGUUCGAGCGCGAGCUCAGCCUCCUCAUCCUCCACCUGAACCAGAACCAGAACCUGGAGAAACCCAACGUCAAGAAGAGGAAGGGCACCUUCAAGAAGCACAAGCUGAAGUGCAAGAAUGGCGAGAAGAUCAGCAUGCCUCAAGAUUUCAUCCACAAGAUUACGGUGCAGGCUUCCCCGGGCCUGGAGAAGAGGCGGAACUCUCCUGAUUUGGGCUCGGGCUCCUCGCCCUCCUUCGGCCCACGUUUCCGUGCCAUCCAACUUAGUCCCAGUGACAACAGCAGGACGUUCGGUCUGAGUGGGGUCUGGCCCCUGGAGGCCCCUUCUCAUAAACAAGCCAAUGGAGACCUGAGGUCGUGCCCCCACUGGAGGCCCCAGAGCCCGAAAAGUCCCAAAAGCCCAAAAGUCCUGCGCCUUAGUCCCCAGGAAAGCAGUCUGUCGAUGAGAGCCAAGCUCCUGGAGUCAGACAGCAAUGUGAGGGGGGAAUCCAAGGAUGACUUUGAGGAGUACAGGCCAACCCCUCCCCCGCCUCAGAACGGCUCCUCAGUGAAGGACAGCCUGCGGCUUCCUCUACCUCAGCGAGACUCGGCCAGCGAGGAAGGGUGUUCCUCCCCGGCUGGCUCCCCCAGGCCAGAGAGGAGAUCCCACGGUGGCCACGUUAAGAGCACCCACCAGGCCCUGCUGGGCGGUGGCUCCCUCUUGGCCUCCAUAGGACUAGGUCGCUGCCUGGAUAUUCCCCCAAGGGUGCCCCCUCGAACUAACCCCUCAUCCCUAGAGAGCCGCACCCCGUCCGAACCAGAGAUCUCCGCCCCUAUGCCCCUCAUUUCAGACCCCCCUGUGGUGGACGAUCUCAUCACCUUGUCCCCCUCCGAGCUGCUCCCCAGACCACUUUUGGAUUUAGCUCUGCAGUACCAAGAACUGAAGCCCUUGCCCCUGACGCCGCCUCCGCCGAACCCCCGCGAGAGGAGCGGCCACCGGAUGCCGCACAGUCCGCAUUGCCCCAGGAACCCCCUGAAGCAUGGUAAGGCCAGCCCUGGGGAAUGGACCCCGAGUUCCCAUUCGACUAACGGGGAGCUGGCCUGUGAGGCCUGGGAGCACAAAGCUGACAGGAGGAGGAGGUCCAGCCAAGGCCUGCACGCCUCUCAGCUAGUUUUGGACCUGCCCUUGUGCCAAGACACACAGGACUCUGAUGACAAGCCUUCAGUGUCCUUGUCUCUCCACCCUAACCCUGCCCUCUGGAGCCCCAAAACCCGCCGCCUGGAGGUCACCGUCAUCCCCCGGCCCCGCCCGUCCCCCAUUCGCCCCCGCAUUGACCCCUGGAGCUUCAUCUCUGCAGGUGGCCCGUACUCAGGUGGUGGCCGCAGCUCAAACCGCUUGGACAGCAACCCUCUGGGCUACCAACCCUCCCCUACCAACCCUUUCACCAACUGUGACCCCUUCCCCUCACCGGACUGCGACCCAUUCGCCCUCAAGGCUGACCCCUCGUGCGGCUCUGACACGGCUUCCCCCUUCGACCCCUUCUCGGCGCCCUUCCCCACCUCCCGUUCUGCCCCGUGCUCCACUAACGGCUCACCCACGCUGCCCUCGUUACGCAGAGCGCCCCUCAACACGGCCGACUCGCCCCUCGUCGACCUGGGCUGGGCAGCCUGCAGCAAACCCCUGGAUGGCACCAAAGAGAGGGCUCACCCCCGCAAGACACUGGGGCUCAAACCCUUCAAGUCCCCAACGCAACUCAGAGACGAUAGGUUCUAAACUUGUGCCUGUGGCAAGGCCGUGGUUUUGUGAUAGCAACACAGUCCAGGACCCUUUUUACUGCUUAGCAAGGAUUUGGAAUCUUUAAAAAAAAAAUUACUUAACCCACUGAGGGAAGUUUCCCCAAUGGGAGCCCCAAUCAUUGCGGGUCCUUUACACGCGAGCUUGCUGCUUCGGAAAACCGUAAAGCCAGUGAGAGGUGGUACAUUGGAUGGUGGGAUAGCUGCCUUUCAACCAAAAGCUGGUGCCCAUUUCAUUCCCUCCUCUCUAUCUUGGUUUCUCUAUCCCUUUGAAGGAGCAGAACACAGAUCACUCGUCCCAUCUUCAGAUUCUAUCAGCCUCCCCAUAUCACCUGCUUUCAUCUCCCCCCUGCCUUUGAAGCAUUGUGACAAUGCAGAGGCGGAUAAGGCGACUUGCACAGCUUCAUCUGCGUCUACCUCUCUGCACACUGAAAGCAUUCAGGACAAUGGGAAAUUGGAGUGCCGUACUUUGUGAAGUGUUUUUUUAGCAUAUAUCUUUUCAAGAUUUCUUGAAUGGUUAUUCUGGUGCGUAGGGAAAAUGCUAUGAAUUUGGCUUAAAUUUGCAAAUCAGCUUAGCAUUGCUGUGGAGGAAAAUGCCUUCUGUGUGUGCGUGCGUGUGUGCAUGUAUGUCUAGACUCAUUGUUCAAGGAAAGCUUACUGUUUCAAAAAAAAA